AUAGUAACAAUAGUGUGUGCAAAGGAGAUAGAAUUACCUGGUUCUUGUCAGAAGGGACAGUAUUAUGAGCCAAGUGCUCUCAGCUGUGUGACCUGUCCUGCUAACGCGUCUAUGGUCACAUCUGCAGAUGGUUUUGGUUGUUCCUGCGCAGAGCACAGUGUACCAGUAGGUAUAGAUCGGUGCAGACCCUGCAAUGCCACUGAAGUUGUGUCUUCUGAUGGCACUGCUUGUGUGCCACGAAAGUGUCAAAAUGUAUCUGGCAGGAUAGCGUGUAGGAAGUGCCCUAAUGAUUAUGUUACUGUAACCCAAAACAUCGAUGGCUCCCCACUCAAAGAGGUGCAAUGUGUGAAGUGCGCGCGCGGCUACAAAGCUGAGAACAAUGUAUGCGUACGCUGCCAGUCUUGCGCAUGCGCAAAACAUCAGAUUAUCGUCAGGGGCAUUUGUGUACCGAAGAGCUAUGUAAACUCCAGGCCUAAGUAUGAAGAGGGCAGUUUACAUCCACUAGCGCUGUUGGAUGUUGUUAAACAUGAGUAUUUGUGUACGCAAAACGACAUUCGGGCUUGUCGGACCCUGGCCAAUGAGUGCGUCAAGAAUUUCUACUCAAUAGACCCAGCGGGACCUUGCAGACUAUGGAUACAGUCUAAUUUACCCACACCUAAAGGUUUACCGCGGCUUAUAGUAGAAUCAACGUUGGAGGACAAAAACCCAGGAGAGGUCUUCUUAACCCGUAAACAGCAGGACUAUUUAUUAAUAGCGACAGCUAAGUUUUCAUCUGAUGGUGGAUUCAAGUUUAUCAAAGAGCCGGAACAACGCCUUCAGUGUCGUCUACCCAUUCAAGUUAGAAUCGGACGAGAUUUCGCCCACGACUGCAUUAUGAAUGUAUCGAAGCUUACGGAUGAUCUAAACGAGACUUUAUCUCCGUAUUUGUAUGCAGACGGGAAGCUCGUACAAAUACCAGUGUAUCCGAGGAAACCUAACGGGUAUAGUAUUCAGAAAGGUUCCUGGUUGUCGAGCAAGUUCAAACGCUAUUUCCUAGUGGACAACUUUCUGUCAACUGUAGCAAACAUUACUAGUACUGUGUACCUGCGUACUAUGGUGAUACAAUUACAAAUCGAACGAGAUAAAACCACAGCAAGUUCUCUGAAAGUGCACAUAUCUGUAGAGGCGGUGUACGCAUCGAAGUCUCCGCUCUCAGAGACAGUAACCAUGACAUUGAGAGUGGUUCAUGUCAUGCCUGAUGCUGGCGUGCAUCGCGGUCUUGAGAUAUGGGGUGGUCUUCUGGGCUGCCUUCUGAGUUUGUACGCGAUGGUGCAGUGGCGAGGAGUGGUGCGUAGAGGCGGGCUCUACGUGUCUGUGGUGCCUCUACUGUCAGGGGCUCUAGCUGACACCUUGUACUUUGCCGCAUGGAUAGCUACUCUCCACGCUUUGGCCGCGGAGGCCGGCACACUGGGCCUGACAUUACCGCUGUCAUUGAGAGAAGAGCGCAUCAUCAGAGCUUUUGUAUAUUCAGCUGUUUCAUUGAAGGCAGUGAAGGUUGCGUGGUUGAAUUUCAAUCAAUGUAGAUGCGACAUGUUCUUUUUAGAUUGGUCGGAGUAUAAUGCACCAUUUAAAGGAGUAUCACCAACUGAGAAGUACAACAGCUGGAGAGCGCAGACCCUGGCUAGAGAAUGGAGUGGACUGCAGACCAUGAGACGAGUCUCUCCAGGAUAUACUGUCACUCUUGCUCUCAUUAUAUUACACGCCCUGUCACCCUGGCAAUCCUACCUGCCGCCUAGCCAAGGUUACAGAUGGGCCGUCGCGACGAUAGCCUGGUGGUCAUCUUACGUCAUACUGCUGUUCUCACGGUUGGUGGGUGACAGGUUACGGGGGUCUCCCACCGCUGGUCUUCCGAAGAUCUGCACCAGCGUGGGACUGUCAAUGAUUGUGUUCGAGGAAGAUUAUUAUGCUCAUUAUGUUCAUGGGAGGACUGUCUACAAACAACUGUCGCUCUCAUUACCAGGUUUGGGAGAAGCUGAAACUCGUCAAUCUCUAUUAUCGAGAUUCUUGGCCGCAUUUUUCGAAAGGGCUCUGGAUGGUCUCAGCUGGGUUGCCAGUGAGCGCACUGUACUUGAACGUCUGUUGAACGUGGAGCUGAAUACUAGAGAGGCUGGCAACACUAGCACUUUGCUGUACGACCCUGAUGAUAGCACACCUUCAUGCUUUGCUGUUACUUGGUGGGGAGAAGAAUGGAGCCUAGCAACCUAUGACGCCAUGCUGUUUAGUGGUGUGUUCAUUGCUACAAAUGACCCCCUGGUCGCUGCGCUGACGACCCUUGUAUCGUGGCAGAUUAUGAUGCAAACGCGAAAAUGGUUUGGAAAUAGGAAUCAGAGAGAAAAAACUGAAAUAGACUUUUAGAAACAAUAUAACCACAUACUGACACUAAUUAAAGCUACACAAUGCAUCU